AAGUUGUGAGUUGGUUCCUCCAUUCGCCUGGGUGUUGGCAAGGGGCAGGGCCUGUGUCUUGCUUGUGGCCUGCCAGGGUAGCAGCUCAGUAAGUGAGAUGGUAUCUCAUUGUGGUUAGGAUUUACAUUUCCCUGAUGACUAGUAAUGUUUCCGUGUAAUUUCUUGAAUGAUCAUUCAGUAACAAUAAGUGUAGGUUGAGUUUGUAGAAUCAGCUUGACCUCCUCAGCCUCGAUUUCCAAAUGGAGAAAGCAGAGAUUUGGAGCUCCUGGUCGGAGGAGCAGGUCGGUGCUGGAGCCAGGACUCAACCUUAGGUUGCGCCUCUGAGCCUUUGAACACUUGCCAUUUCUAUUCCUCACAGCAGCCCUUUCAGACGGAACGGGUGUUACCAGAUAGGAGGAGAGCGGCCACUGUAUUCUCAGUGCCCAGCCCAGGGAGGCAGAUCUGAGUGGAGUUGCUAAUGAAACAUGGAAGCCGCCGCCAUGGCCCAGACACUGCAGAUGGAGAUCCCGAACUUCGGCAACAGCAUCCUGGAGUGCCUCAAUGAGCAGCGGCUGCAGGGCCUGUACUGUGACGUGUCAGUGGUGGUCAAGGGCCAUGCCUUCAAGGCCCACCGGGCCGUGCUUGCUGCCAGCAGCUCCUACUUCCGGGACCUGUUCAACAACAGCCGCAGCGCCGUGGUAGAGCUGCCGGCGGCCGUGCAGCCCCAGUCUUUCCAGCAGAUCCUCAGCUUCUGCUACACGGGCCGGCUGAGCAUGAACGUGGGCGACCAGUUCCUGCUCAUGUACACGGCUGGCUUCCUGCAGAUCCAGGAGAUCAUGGAGAAGGGCACCGAGUUCUUCCUCAAGGUGAGCUCCCCGAGCUGCGACUCCCAGGGGCUGCACGCGGAGGAGGCCCCAUCGUCGGAGCCCCAGAGCCCCGUGGCACAGACAUCGGGCUGGCCAGCCUGUAGCACUCCGCUGCCCCUCGUGUCGCGGGUGAAGACGGAGCAGCAGGAGUCGGACUCCGUGCAGUGCAUGCCCGUGGCCAAGCGGCUGUGGGACAGUGGCCAGAAGGAGGCCGGGGGUGGCGGCAAUGGCAGCCGCAAGAUGGCCAAGUUCUCCACGCCGGACCUGGCUGCCAACCGGCCUCACCAGCCCCCGCCACCCCAACAGGCUCCGGUGGUGGCAGCAGCCCAGCCCGCCGUGGCUGCGGGAGCAGGGCAGCCAGCUGGUGGGGUGGCGGCAGCAGGGGGUGUGGUGAGUGGGCCCAGCACGUCGGAGCGGACCAGCCCAGGCACCUCAAGCGCCUACACCAGCGACAGCCCUGGCUCCUACCACAAUGAGGAGGAUGAGGAGGAGGACGGUGGCGAGGAGGGCAUGGAUGAGCAGUACCGGCAGAUCUGCAACAUGUACACCAUGUACAGCAUGAUGAACGUUGGCCAGACAGCCGAGAAGGUGGAGGCCCUCCCGGAGCAGGUAGCCCCCGAGUCCCGAAAUCGCAUCCGGGUUCGGCAAGACCUGGCGUCUCUCCCGGCUGAACUUAUCAACCAGAUUGGGAACCGCUGCCACCCCAAGCUCUACGACGAGGGCGACCCCUCUGAGAAGCUGGAGCUGGUGACAGGCACCAAUGUGUACAUCACAAGGGCGCAGCUGAUGAACUGCCACGUCAGCGCAGGCACGCGGCACAAGGUCCUACUGCGGCGGCUCCUGGCCUCCUUCUUUGACCGGAACACGCUGGCCAACAGCUGCGGCACCGGCAUCCGCUCUUCUACCAACGAUCCCCGUCGGAAGCCCCUGGACAGCCGCGUGCUCCACGCCGUCAAGUACUACUGCCAGAACUUCGCCCCCAACUUCAAGGAGAGCGAGAUGAAUGCCAUCGCGGCCGACAUGUGCACCAACGCCCGCCGCGUCGUGCGCAAGAGCUGGAUGCCCAAGGUCAAGGUGCUCAAGGCUGAGGAUGACGCCUACACCACCUUCAUCAGUGAAACGGGCAAGAUCGAGCCGGACAUGAUGGGUGUGGAGCAUGGCUUCGAAACCGCCAGCCACGAGGGCGAGGCGGGUCCCUCAGCCGAAGCCCUGCAGUAACCCGCCCGGCCUCCCGUGGGGCUGCACACUCCCCCUCCCAACACACACACACACCCGCCAUCUUGGUCAUGAGCUACUGUCUGUCCCUCCCCAGGACCCGCGGUGGGUGCUGCAUGUUCCUGGCCCUCUGCCCCUCCUGUCCUACCCCCUUUCCCCACUGAGAGCUGGGCCGGGAGAGGACCGCAGGGCAGGUGGCGUGAGGUCCGUGUUGCCUUCUUUAACACACACUCGUGCAGUGAGGGAGUUCUGGCUCCCCAACCUAACCCCUUGCCGUCAUCUCCACACUCACCAGGCCCACCAGGGGAGGGGGCUGGCCUGGGGGUCUUGGGAAGGCCCCUCCCCAGGCCCUGGGCCACCUCAAGGAAGCCUUCAGCCUCCACCCCUCACUGCAGCCCCUUGGGACUUGAGGGGGGCCCCAGGGGUUCUCAGGACCCCUCCCACCACCUCCCAGUGCUUCCACGUCUCCAAAAGCGCCUUCCUGUCACCCUCGUCUAUCCCUGCGCCUGGGGGCUGGGGUAGGCGAGGCCGUGGGGACUACCCAUUUUAUAGCUGGGGAAACAGGCUCCGAGAAAUUGCACAACCGACCUAAGGUGUCCGGCAGUGGUGUGCCCGGUGCCCUUUCUCCUCUUUUCCGCCUCUGUUGCCCGCUUUGGUCCUCUGGGGCCUCAGAGAGGCAGGUCCUAAAGGAGGGGGGGGUCUCUUGGGGGCAGACCGAGGGUCUCGGAGGAUAGAGGAUAGAGGUUUCCAGGGCUGGCAGAGUGUGUGCGUGUGUGUGUGCAGAAGUUUUGCUUUCAAACAAAUGAAGAUACAAGAGGCAGUAGGACCUGGGUUGGAACCCAGGGGAGCAGACUGGGGGGCUGCUGCCCCUCCUCCCUCCAUCUCCCCACCCCCACCCCGCCCCACAGCAGGGCUCCUGGCCCCCACCCCCCUGUACAUAAUUUUUAAAACAUUUUUUUAGCGAAUGAAAUAUUGAAGUAUAAGAUUCCUUUUAUUUUUCAAACCAAUGGGGCUGUGUCUGUUGUCCCCCUCGGUCCCCAGGGGUGGGGGGCCUUGGAAGGCAGGGUGGUGUUGGGGGGCUGGGGGGCAAGCUGAAUGUGUGUGUGUGGGUGUGGGUGUGUGUGUGUGGAGUGUGGGUGUGUGUUUCCAUGGUAGGACUCCAGUCCCAGCUGCUGCCUAGGCUCCUGUGGGUCCGACCAGGUUCCCCCUCCCCUGUCCACCUUCCCCAGCAGGGCUAUAGUUUAAGGGUGUCCCAGGCCUUGGCUGGUUGGCUGGGCCCAGCUCCUGGGGGCUGGGCAGGGCAGGGCAGGGCCGGGUCCACUUCCAUUGUUAGCAGUUGUUUGCAGAAUUUUCUCUUUUACCAUUCCUCUCUUUUUGUUCUUGCCCAGAGUGGGUGGUUUUUUGUUGUUGUUUUAGAUUUUCAUGUGAAGGCAGAGUUUUUUUUCUUUUUUAACUCCCCAUCCCCCUAUGCGGGGUGUCAUUUCAACAUCCACAUCCUUGUUUGCGUUUCUGGCCCUCGUCCUCCCUGCCUCUCUGCCUCCCCAACCCCCACCUACCCACUGCUCCCAGAGGCCUCUCCAGGGGCAGGGGGAUUUUAGAAGAUGGGGUGGGGGCCAGCCCCUACUGGAUCCUUGUAAUCUGAUUUGGAGACCAUCCCCCUGAUGGGACCAGCAGCCCCACCGGCCCACUGGGGGUCCCUCUUAACAUCUGCUUGUUGCGGGGGUCAGUCAUGAGUGCCAGGGUCUGGCUGGGGUCUUGGCAUUGUCUUCCUGGCCGGGGCCUGGCACCUUAGCCCCCAGCCGGCCCGAGUGGGGGAUAUCGACACCCCCAGCUAAAGCACAAGCACCUUAGUCACCCCUCCUCUACCCCCGCCUCCUGGCCUGCCACCCCACCCCAGCGUUUACCCCAAAGCACAAUGCCCUGGUCACUUGGCAAGCGGCUGGGCCUGACGAAGGCCGAGGGGCAGACCGGGGCUCCAGCCAGACCCCUGAAAGGAAGCAGGUGCUCCCCCACUUCCAGGCCUUAGUUGGGGCAGGGGGGGCCAGUUCCUGGGCCUGGGGUCUUCUCACCCCCACCCCCUUGUCCUGGGUAGGCCCCUGCCUGCCCCUCUCUGCCUUUUCCUCGGGUGUCCCUCCUCGAGCCCCUGCGGCACUGGCUUGGGUGGCAGAGCCCACUUGUUUCAGGGACCCCAGGAGGUGCCCCCUGGCUCCCGGGACUGUGUGUGGGUCUGGGGGGUGGGGAGGUGGGGAGAAGGGUCGGGCAGGGGGUGCAGGGGAGGAAACUCCUCACCAGGAGAGCCAAAGACAGGGUUGUGCCUUACCCCAGGAGCCACCCCUGUGCCCCCCUUGCCCUGCCGUUCACCCUCCACCCCUCCCCCCGGGCGGCCUGCUGCUUUUUCCUUCUCUUCCUCCCCUGCCCUGCCCUGCCCUGCCCUGCCCUGAGCUGCAUGGUUCCCCCACCCUAGGCAGCCAGGAAGGAAUCUGAAUGGAGAAUCACCAACCACCAGAGAAAAAAGACUGUGGGGCCCUCCCCUGCCAACUCCCCUUCCCUGGCCGCCCACUCACCCACACCUCUUUCACGCAGGACAGGCUGUCCACCCUGUCCACGUGAAGUGCCAACGCCCUCCCCACCCUGGGCCGAGCCCCCACCCCUCCCUGGGCCCCCAAGUGAGAUUGCACAUUUAACUACUGUAAGGAGAGGAGUGGCGUUGGCAAAUGUGAACCAUGAGAAUAUCAGUAAUACUGAUGAGAAUAAACUAAACGCCUUUGUAACAGC